UUUUUCCAAAUUUUCUGGUUUUACUGUGUUCAAUAUGGGUAAUUUCUCGAUGAAGUCGGCAUGUGUAUUCAUAAUGCUCCAGACGGCGGCCAUCAUAUCGAUGAUGGAUCUGGAAUUCAAAAUUGUGAAGCCAACUUGCAGAUUUUGCCAGAAGCCUGAAGCCGUAGUGCGGUUAAACUUCGAUACACACGAAGUGCUACAGAGUCCUUUGUAUUCUCUGUGCGCACUGAGCUUAAUUUUCUACGGAUAUGGUGUCGUAUAUCUGCGGACAGAUGCGCCUUCGGAGGGCUUUGUCUUACGGCUAUGCAGCGCCAGUGUGCUGCUGUGGCGCAAGCUCAGUCCCAUAAUGAUCCUGCCAUGGCUAAUGAUGGUGGGUAAAGGCAUAUGGCCGUAUCCCGAACGCCUCUGGAAUUGCAUUUUCAUGGAAUACGAAGGCGAGAUCAAUAACUUUUAUUGCAUGGCUUUUGCCGCCAUUUCCUUUUGGAUCAUCUCAAUGUUCGUGGUAAUUUGGACAUUUCUUAUGGUUAUCAAGACAAACCAAAGACUGAUCUUCUCCACACGACUCGAAACGAACGCAACAUCUGAGCUACGCGCCUAUAUACAGGCAAUAAACGAAUCAUUCGGCUUUGAAUUGGUUGUUAUCGAUACGUAAGCAGUGCUCAAGAGAUUUUUGGAUAAUUUUUACAAAUAAAAUCAUUAAAGAUCGCCCAGAUACAUUAAUAGGUGGUCAUUUUACCAUCUAGCGCCGUAAUAAUUUAAUAAGUGAGCUAGUUAAGCGUCCAUUGAAGAUGUUUAUGCUGAUCCAUGGGACAUGAAAAAUAUUCUCAACAAUUAUCUCAGGAGCAAUAGUUCAACGAACUGCAGCAACAUGAACCUAUCCUGGCACUCGGCAUAUCUUUUGGGCACCUGUAAUUCAGAUAUACCAAUUGUGCAACAGUUUAAAUAAUAAAAUAAGAGCCAUACAAAAAGGAUCUGCAAAAUACUUACAGACAAGAACAUGCCUACGAAACCCUCUUGGAAUUUAUCCCAAAUACCGAACCCAAGUUGCAGACUUUAUCC